AUGGCUGCUCUGCAAUACUUGGAAUCCCUUCGAAGUUCUCACCCCGAGCUUGGCGAAUGGUACAAUUCUCUUGCGGAUCUGUACCAGAACAAGCUAUGGCAUCAGCUUACUCUCAAGCUCGAACAGUUUGUCGCUCUUGCCGUUUUUCAGGCCGGUGAUGCUCUGAUACAGUUAUAUAACAAUUUCAUCACAGACUUCGAGACCAAAAUCAACCUUCUCAAGCUCGCCCAUUUUGCUGUGAUGGUUUCUCGACAGUAUUCUGAGAAAGAAGCCGCCGUUGCUUAUCUUGAAGGGGUCAUUGAGAAACUGCAAGCAACUAGAGAGCAGCGCAUUGAAGAGCCUAUUCUAUACAUCAAGAUGCAAAUUGCCUUAUUUAAGCUUGAGCAAGGUGACCAAAAGGAGUGCAAGAAUCUUCUGGAAAAUGGAAAGAGUACACUUGACAGCAUGACAGAUAUUGAUCCAACUGUGUAUGCGAGCUAUUACUGGGUAUCUUCUCAAUAUCACAAAUCCCGUCAGGAAUUUGCUGAGUUCUACAAAAAUGCUCUUCUCUAUUUGGCAUACACAUCAGUGGAGUCUCUCUCCGAUUCAUUCAAGCUGGAUUUGGCAUUUGACCUGUCCCUUUCCGCUCUGUUGGGGGAUAACAUAUACAACUUUGGAGAGCUACUUGCCCAUCCUAUUAUUAAGAGCCUCCUAGGGACAAAGGUGGAAUGGCUCUACUACAUUCUGCAGGCAUUCAAUUCUGGCGAUUUGGUUCGAUAUCAAGAAUUAUGUCAGGUGCAUAAUGCUGCUUUAAGGGCUCAACCGGCACUAGUUCAAAACGAACAGAAGCUGUUGGAAAAGAUCAACAUUCUCUGUCUGAUGGAAAUUAUAUUCAGUCGGCCUUCGGAAGAUCGUACUAUUCCAUUGAGUGCAAUUGCAGAGCGUACAAAGCUUUCUAUAGAGGAUGUGGAGCAUCUCCUUAUGAAGAGCCUAUCUGUUCAUCUGAUUGAGGGUAUUAUUGAUCAAGUGGAGGGCACAGUACAUGUUUCCUGGGUGCAACCAAGAGUUCUUGGUAUUCAACAGAUAAAAUCCUUACGGGAUCGACUGGACAGUUGGACAGGAAAAGUACACACGGCGUUGUUGUCCAUCGAGGCUGAGACACCCGAUUUAAUUGGAUCAUGA